CCCUACAAUAGGGGUAAUUAGACAGGUGGAAUGGAGGGUGAGGGCAGUGUGGAGCUAUACAAGAUGUGGUUAGGCACCUAUGCAGUCCCACAGGUGGGACAUUAUUGGGACUAUACUGAGAAGGACGCCUGGAAUCCUGAUGGGGAUGUGUGUUUUGAUAGUGCCCCUUGCUGUAGGCUCCUGGAUAUGAGUGAUGAAGUCCUGCUAAUGGUGUUUGAGUUGCUGGAUCCCUUCUCCCUGCUUAAACUUGGUGGAGCCUGUAGAAUGUUUUAUAGGGUCAGCAACACUGACAGCCUGUGGGCCCGACAUUGUACGCUUGCCUUUGGCUCUGAUUUUAGGACUGGUUGCACUGACUACACCCCAAAGGAAGCAUUUAAGCUGCUGUACAUGUGGGGAAAGCUGUACAAGACCCUGCCUUGCAACAGACAGUUGCAGGACUUGCUGUUUUCAGGGUUACCCCUAAAAAGAUACUGGAUACAGUGGCUCACUUUAGAAGAAAUGGUUCCUCUUCCUCCUGUCCAGCUAAUUGAUCAGGCUAUAGAAGAUAUUUGGGGAAUUAAUAAAGGCCAACUGGAUGAAAAACACAAAGUUACAGAUGAAUCCUUAGAAGAUGUCGACAACUGCCUGUAUAGGUAUGACUGGAAAGAACUACAUAAUAUGGCACUGAAGUACCAUGGGGAUUUUACAAAAGUUCAAUCUCAUGUUCUUCAAAAAAUGAGCAUGGAAUGUCAUGAAGAUCUGGAAUGGCUCUAUUGCCAGUUUAUGCGCUAUCGUUUCCAGUGGCUUUUUUCUUAUUGGCUCUUUGGCCUUUCCAAGUCCUGUGCCAGGCAGCUGCAGAGAAUCUUUUUAUGGUGGAAACGCUUUGACAAAAUAAAAGUGUCUUGUUGGGGCUCUUCCACUUGUGAUGUUCAGUACUUUGCUUCUCUUCAUGCAAUCACAGAUGACUACUGGAAUGGAAAGCUGGCAUGUGGGGAUGAGAAUAUAGGUAUUCAGACAGUGGAAAACUACUUUUCUAUGUGUCGGUCUCUUCUGGCCUGGAUCCUAGGCCGAAAGUGGGGGAGAUUUAAGCAGAAGAAGGUCUACCAAGACACUUUAGAUGGCGUUUACAGAAUGCUAAAAGCAGAAAUUCAGGUUUCCAUGGUUAAUCACGAGCAGUUCUGGGCAGCAGCUAAAGUCCAGAUGAUGCGAAUAUGCACCCUGGAGGAGACAGCUGGCAACUAUGUCAAUUGGAAGUUAAUUGACUCCUUGCCGUGCUACAGGCUAUACAUGACAUCUGGUGAUUCCUUCUAUCUGGAACAUAUUAAAGGAUUUUUAACUAGAAAGCAGCUUAUAAGUAACUGGCUUCUCAAAGAAGAGAACUUUUGGGUCAGGAACCUUCUACCAGAAAGCUUGUUUCACCUACUGGAGUACGACACAAAGAUCUAUGAAGAGAGACUUCACGGUGAUACUAUGGCUGCCCAUCUUACCAGGCUUAUCUGGCUCUAUUUGCAUUCCGGUCAUCAACUAUACAUUGAUGCAAUGAAAGGAUUUGUUUAUGAAUGUGCUUAUGCCAGUUUUGCAUCCCAAAUCUACGAGAGUGGAACUAUAAUCUCUUCCUUUUUAUACUUUUAACAAGACUUUUAGAUUAUUUUAAAAAAAAAAAAGAUUUGAUUGAAUUCCUGCACUAUUUUGCAGUUUUUAGCUUUGCUCCUUUGCGAUUAUCUCUUUAUAGAUGCACUACAUUAACUCUUUAAGGAGUUUUAGACCUUCUGGACUGCUAAUCAUUAUCCUAAUAUUUAGGGCAUGUAUUGUAUUUUAAAUAGAUUCACUGAACACUUAAAAGAAUUGAUCCAUUAGGGUUAUUAAAUGUAUUUGAUAUUUUUGUAUCAGUGUAAAAUGUGGCCUGUUCUCAACUUACAGCAUCUAUUUUUUUUUUCUCCAAGUCCCCCCUCUGAUUAAAAUCUGUUGGGGACAAUAUGUACAGUGUUUGCUUCAGUUCUAAUAAUCCUUGCCACUUAAUCAGUAAGCAUAGUAGUAUUUACGGAUGUUCCAAGUGACUUGUUUUUUUGUUCUUGGGAAGGUGGGUGUUACUAGAACUGAAGCAAAUUUUGCACCUGGUAAUAAUGCUCCCUUUGCCUUGUAACAGGGUAAGGGUGUGUUGUGCCAUGCUGUAAAUGUCUAACCAUUGCCGCUCAGUCUGUACUACAGAUGCUAGGAGUUGGAGAUCAUCCAUAUUGGCUUAGAAUUAAGUUUCUUUAUUAGAAGCACAUCUUCAGGUUUGCAACCAUUUCUUAGUAUUUUCUUUGUUUCAAGAUGUCUGAGUAGAAAGAAAGGUCUUUUUAUAUUGACCUACCUGUGAGUCUUCCAGAAGUGAAUAUAUUUUAGCAAUAUUUUCUCUAGUGGUUUGUAAGCUGCUUUACUGCAGUCAUUUUUGAACGUGCUAGGCUUACUAACUUGUAAAUGACUUUAAGGCAAUAAAUGCCUCUUUCUGCAAU